UACAUCUGUCUGUCUGUCUGAGUGACCAACGAGGAGUGACAAUCUGACUUGGCCACAGUAGGUCAAGUGAUUCUAUUUCUCCCUGUCCUCUGCAUCUCCCUCUGUGAUGCCAACUGCCUGUAUGUCCCCACACCCUAGUCCAUCAACCUCCUCUUUGGUUUUCCUCUUGCCUGGCAGCUCCAGCAUCCUCCUCCCAAAUAUCCAUGUGCCCCCCACACUACCUACACAAGUACCCCCUGGCAGCUGUCCGUCACAAUCAGCUGCGGAUUGCGGACAGGACAUGCAUAUGAGUGUGUGUGUGUGAGCGGGAGGACUUGACCCCCACGGCCUGACCACGUGCAUGACCCGUCUGUGCCUGCCAGCCAGUGCCCUCCUGGGGGUGUACACUGGGGCAUCACUGGGGUACAUUUUGGUCACAAUGCUAAAUCAGGCAUUUUGGAGGAAUGGAGCUUGGCUACUGCACUUUCAACUUCGGAGCAAAUUAAGGGUUGAAGUUUGCUACAUCCAACAGUAUUGUGCUCUGAAGAAGGAAAAAUGUGUAGAUGAUUAUAAGUCAUUAGCUGUCAGUGCUGAAACAGAGGCAGAUGGAGGUGUUUCUAGAGAGGCAGAACUUUCUUAUUUUGCUCCUGAAGCAGUAAUCCUUCAGGAACGACCCCGGAGCAAGCACAUGGGGAAACCUCCACUCAGGAAAGCAUUAUCCUACACAAAUAAAAUGCUCUAUGGUCCACUCCUAGAAACAGCAGCUGAGAAGAGGAGGAGGAUCAAGGCAGAAGAGGGUGUGGAUGAGAGCACACAGAGGACCAGGAAACGUAAAAAGGGCCAGAAGAAAAAGCCACCUGAAAUUGUUGAACCUCUUCUAUGGAAGCCAGAAAAUGCACACCUCCAGGGACUCUUACCGGUCUCUGGGGCAAAAUAUGUUGAUAAAGUACAGGUGUGUAAAGUUGAGGUAAAACAAGACUUUGAGAUGGGCGGUUUCUCUGUUACAAGGAAAAAAAAGCCUAAGAGUAAAAUGUUGGUUUUUAAUAAGUCAAGUAACAAUUCUUUAAAGUUUGAUAGGUCCCUGUUGAAAGAUGCUCCCACAGUCCAAAAACUUUAUGUUGCUUCUUGGCAUGAAGAGAAAGAAGUCACUGUGUCCUCUGGCACAGAUAGAGACACUCCUGAUAAAAUUGACGUGACUUCCGGGAGCCAAGGAAAAGAAUCGAAUGUGUCUUCCAGCACCUAUGAAAACACACCGCCAGAGGAAGGCAGUCAGGCUAACGAAGCUGACGUUCCAUCUGAGGACAUCUUGGAAAACAAUGUUAGUGAGAAUAACUCUAGUGGAAACACUGCCAUGGCUUGUAGUGAUUCAGAUGUAAAUGAUAAAACCUUGGCUUGCAGUCCCUCAGAUCUUAAAGGUGACACCACAGCAUGCAGGUCCUCAGACCUUAAGAGUGAAAAAGAUCAAGGAAUACAAGCUUUAGAAUCAUACAGAGAGACGUCCUCACUCCUUCACGUUGAUAAUGCAAAAUUCUCAUCUGCUCCAAGUGUUAUUGAUACAGCUAUGAUAGAAAACUUCCCGCUGGAGAGGACUGACGUGCAAGGUGUACAGCACAAGACUCCCGUGAAUGUCGGCGACACAGGCGACAACAUCUUCACCAUUGGAAUGUUUGACGGAGGCUACCAAAGGCUGCCCAGUGUGAGCAAGAUCCUGGAGGCCACAAUGUCCGAGGAGAACAGACGAGUCCUGGAGAGGUGGAAGGCAAAGAUGAUCAAGCAGCUUGGUGAGGAAGGCUUUGAGGAGUACAGGAAGGAACUGUUUGACAAGGGCAAGCUGCUGCAUGGCUGCAUACACUCAGAGCUGACAGGCGUGAGUCCCGGAGUGGAAAACCUGCCCAGCGUGCAGGGUGUCUGGACCAGCAUCUCCCACGUCCUGCCCAGCAUAACCAAUGUGUCCGUGCUGGAGAGCCGCUUGGUGCACCCCUACCUCCACUACCAGGGAGCCGUGGACUGUGUGGCCACAUACAAAGGUAUGCCGGUCCUCAUUGACUGGAAGACGUCCACCAAGCCCAAGUUAACACUGAAUUCCAUGUUUGAUAAUCCACUGCAAGUUGCUGCCUACCUCGGUGCCCUCAACUAUGACAGCAAUUAUCAGCUUCCUCAGCAGGUUGAGUCAGCGAUGGUUGUGGUGGCCUAUGAUUCUGGGCUGCCGGCACACGUUCACAUCCUAGACAAGGAGAAGUGUCAGACGUACUGGAGGCUGUGGUGUGCCAGGCUGCUGCAGUUCUGGAGGCAGCUGCAAAUCAGGGAACCUACAGGAUCUGUCUAGGUAUAUAAUAGACUCUUUCUUUAACCCCUAUAGGGCGGAUGACGGGGUUUUUCCGGUUGCCACGUAGAGAGCAGGUGACAGGUGUUUCCAUUUGUCACGUAGAGGGCGGGUGACGGAUUUUUCUGGUCUGCCUUUUUCCGCUGCAGUUUUGAAGUUACAUGGGAAUUUAUAGGUCAGUGCGACUCCUAGGCUGCCACACAACUCUUCCGUGCCAUUCUCAUUGUUUCUGUGACUGUUACAAUGGCAGGAGGAGAGUUUUUCGUAUAUUCCUCUCCUAAUUACAUGCUUGAGUGUCCACAGAAAACGACCUCCACUCCUCAUAAGCACUGUGCCAACCUGUGCACCGCUGCGAACACAGGCUGACUGAGAGCUUAAAGUUACUGCACUUCAUCACAUCACCACGGAAACACCACGUGACAUAGAGACUUCGGGUUUGUGGCAGAUUGAAGAGGAAAGAUGGAUAAAGAGAAUGCUCACAAAUUUAAGGCUACUGGGUCAGGGAGAGCCAUGAAAUUGAUAAUGGAACGUGAGCAAUUUUCGGGAAAAUGUCAGAACAUUACCGUACGGGGAGGACCGUUUUCACCUUACACCCCCUGCCCUUUAGAGGUUAAGGAAUUCCUGAUUAAGGUAAAGCUGGGGGCAUACACUACAGUUGUGUAUGGCCUCAGCGCUUGUCUCCAUCACAUUAGCCCUUGAGCCUGUGGCGGGGAAGUUACGUGUGACACUUGGGUUACCACAGUUUACCUUCCUCAGGUUUCCCCAGGUACCCAUUUAUCCACCAGCCCAAAUAGGAGGAUAAACAGGUUGGGUGUGCUGUGCUCCAAUUACUUGGUAUGUGAUUCAAACCCAGGCCCAUGGACUCAUGGGUUAAAUCUACUGAAAUUAACAAUAUUUAUAAUCUUAAUUUGAUAAUUUUGAUGUUAUUUGGUAAACAAAUUCUUUAAGCAAUUAAGACAUAUUUUGAGCGAAACAACAUUGAUGUACUACAGACAAUGAUGGAGCCCCUCGUAGGUAUCUGUCAACACCUCUGGGCGUAUUGAGCUUUCUCUUGUAAUAACUUUGUGUUCCCUCAAUUUAGUUUUUAAAUAAAAGGUUUAUUAUA